GAGAGAAGUCUGGUACCAUCUCCUCUCUUUCUCUCUCUACUGCUACCAGGUCGAGCUCGGUCGGGGACCUAUAAAAGAAACUGCCCUCUCUCUCUCCACCUAUCUCUCUCUACUCUCUUUUAUCUUCUUCUCACAAAAUCAGCGGUCUCUUCAGCGACAGCGAUUGGCCAAAAAAAGCUCCACUCAGUGAGUGGUUCAGUUCGAGGAAAAAAAGGAUCGUCCAUGGCGGUCUAUGGCUGAGCUCAGCUGAUGUGACUCUUGCAUUUUUAGUGUUAUGAUUCUAUGAAUAAAGUUACAGAUGUACCUUUCAAUGAGCAGCUGGUUUUGGGGUUCUGCAAUUGAGAGGGUCUUCAAUGGGUCUGUAUUUGGUUUAUGAUUCUUGAAUUGUAGGGCUUGGCUGUGGAAUGCAUGUGAUUUCUCAACUAUUGUGUGAAUUUUGUGGGUUAGUGAAAGAGAAAUGGAGAGUGAAACCCUGAUUGAGGAGAGAAGGUUUGUUUUCUAAGUAAAAAAAUGUUGUAUUUAUGGUUUAGUUUAGGGCUCAAGAUUAUGACAGCUACAAGUGAGGGUUAUUAUAUUAGCUGAGGUUUAAUAAAAUUUAAGUAUUAUAUAUAAUAUAAAUAUGAAGCUUUCAACAUCAGGGUUGGGUCAACAGGAUCAAGAAGGGGAGAAGAAAUGUCUGAAUUCAGAGCUAUGGCAUGCAUGCGCUGGUCCUCUUGUGUCCCUACCCACAGUUGGGAGUCGCGUGGUCUACUUCCCUCAGGGCCAUAGUGAGCAGGUUGCUGCCACAACCAACAAAGAAAUUGAUGCCCAUAUACCAAAUUACCCGAGCUUGCCGCCCCAGUUGAUAUGCCAACUCCACAAUGUUACAAUGCAUGCAGAUGUGGAAACAGAUGAAGUCUAUGCUCAAAUGACCUUGCAGCCCUUGACUCCGCAAGAGCAAAAGGAUGCCUAUCUUCCUGUCGAGCUGGGGAUUCCAAGCAAGCAGCCAACUAAUUAUUUCUGCAAGACUUUAACAGCGAGUGAUACUAGUACUCAUGGAGGGUUCUCUGUUCCUCGUCGUGCUGCAGAGAAAGUUUUCCCUCCACUGGAUUACUCUCAGCAACCACCAGCACAGGAGCUUAUUGCAAGAGAUCUCCACGAUAUCGAGUGGAAGUUUAGGCAUAUUUUUCGAGGACAGCCCAAACGUCAUCUUCUUACCACAGGCUGGAGUGUGUUUGUCAGUGCCAAGAGACUUGUUGCUGGAGAUUCUGUUCUUUUUAUCUGGAAUGAGAGAAAUCAGCUUCUUUUGGGAAUUCGCCGUGCGACUCGACCACAAACUGUGAUGCCAUCAUCUGUUCUAUCAAGUGAUAGCAUGCACAUUGGACUACUUGCUGCUGCUGCUCAUGCUGCUUCUACUAAUAGCUGUUUCACAAUUUUUUUUAAUCCAAGGGCUAGUCCUUCUGAAUUUGUCAUACCUCUUUCAAAAUAUGUUAAAGCAGUAUAUCAUACACGUGUUUCUGUUGGGAUGCGUUUUCGAAUGCUUUUUGAAACUGAAGAAUCAAGUGUCCGCAGAUACAUGGGUACGAUAACCGGCAUUGGUGACUUAGAUCCUGUUCGCUGGCCAAAUUCUCAUUGGCGAUCUGUGAAGGUUGGCUGGGAUGAGUCAACUGCGGGUGAGAGGCAGCCACGUGUAUCAUUAUGGGAAAUUGAGCCUUUGACAACUUUUCCCAUGUACCCAUCAUUGUUUCCCCUCAGGCUGAAGCGGCCUUGGUAUCCCGGAGCUUCAUCUUUUCACGAUGGCAGAGAUGAAACAGUUAAUGGCAUGGCGUGGUUAAGAGGGGAAACUGGAGAGCUAGGACCUCAUUCCAUGAAUUUUCAGUUUAAUGGUUUAUUUCCCUGGAUGCAGCAAAGAGUGGAUCCAACCGUUCUCAGAAAUGAUCUCAAUCAGCAGUACCAGGCCAUAUUGGCAGCUAAUAUGCAUAAUUUAGGAGGUGGGGAUUCUCUGAAACAGCAAUUUAUGCAAGUUCAGCACCCUUUCCAAUAUCUUCAGCACUCAGGCAGCCCUAAUCCAUUGUUGCAGCAGCAGCAACUAAUUCAGCCAUCAAUCCCUCUGCAUAUCCUGGAAGCACAAACCCAAAUGCAAUCGGAAAAUCUGCCUAGAAACCAGCAGCAACAAGUUAACAAUCCACCGGGGGAACAGCCACAGCAACAUACCUAUCAGGAGGCAUUUCUGAUUCAAAGUGAUCAGCUCCAACAGAGGCAGCAAUCUGACGCUUUAACUCCAUUUCCAAAUGCUGACUUCUUAAAUUCAAGCACUAAGUUUCCAGCAUCUGUUGGUCCUUCAUGUGUGCAAAAUAUGCUGGGUUCAGUGUGUCGUGAAGGGAGUGGUGAUCUUUUGAAUUUCACUAGAACUGGUCAGUCCAUGCUUCCUGAGCUGCAAACCCAACCGCCCUGGGUGCCAAAGUUCUCACAUCCUCAUGUCAAUUCUUCUGCGAACUCGGUGUCACUCCCACCGUAUCCUGGAAAGGAUGGUGCUGUGGAGCGGGAAAAUUGUAGCUUGGCUACCCAGAAUCAUGCUCUUUUUGGUGCUAAUAUAGACUCUUCUGGACUCCUACUCCCCACUACAGCGUCCAGUAUUGGUACUUCUUCAGUUGAUACUGAUGUGUCCUUAAUGCCAUUAGGGACUUCAGAGUUUCAGAGUUCUCUGUAUGGUUGCAUGCAAGACUCUUCUGAGUUGUUGCAAAGUGCAGCGCAAGUUGACCUACCAACUGCCACAUUUGUCAAGGUGUACAAAUCGGGGUCGAUUGGACGGUCGCUGGACAUCUCCCAGUUCAACAGCUAUCAUGAGUUGCGUGAGGAGCUGGGUCAGAUGUUUGGAAUUGAGGGGCUACUGGAAGACCCUCAUAGAUCAGGCUGGCAGCUUGUAUUUGUUGACAGGGAGAAUGAUGUGCUUCUCCUUGGAGACGACCCAUGGGAGGCAUUUGUGAAUAAUGUCUGGUACAUCAAGAUACUCUCACCCGGGGAUGUGCAGAAACUGGGAAAGCAGGAGGUUGAAUCACUUAGCCAGAAUGCUGGUGGGAGGAUAAAUAGCAGUGGCAAUGACGUUCAAGACCUUAUUUCUGGACUACCGUCUAUGGGCUCGUUUGGAUAUUGAGAGUUACCAUAAAAUAAAUGCAUCUCUCAAAGACAUUUUGCUCUGAAUCUUCACUUUCGAGACCAUAAACCUUUUGUUCCACUAGUUUAUUCUGGAUUUGCUACUUUUGGUGUGUCUGCUACCUAUUUUAUGUGCAUUGCCUCGUAUGGUGCUCUAUAUUGCCAGAUAAUACUUAUUUUUAGUAAAUACAGGCCUAAUGGAUUGAAUUUAUGUAAUGUAUGACAUAGAAGUAGAAGUUGUCUAACAUUUCUGUCCUAUACUUGUGCCCUGAAUGUUGAAACUAAACCAUUAAUGGUCUGUUUUAAAGUAUAAUAAGUUGGUCUCCUCUAGACGGAUUCUGU